UAAAGCCAGACAGAGAGGAGGAGACUGCUCUAAGACCAUAGCGAUCCUUUCCUUGACAAAUCAGACGUGUUUCUCUGUGUCUGUUGGAUUUGUUUUCUCUUCACCGCCACCAUGUGUAAGGGGCUCGCAGCCCUACCUGCAACCUGCUUAAAAAGCGCAAAGGACAUAAAGCAUAAGAUUGGGUUCCUGCUUCAGAAGGCUGAGCCGGUUCAAGAGCAGAAGCCUGUUAAGGAAAAGGAAAAGCCAGCUGAGGAGAAAAGCUCUGCUCCUAUUGACACUGAGAAAUGGAAAACCUCAUUUAACAACCUGAUUAAUAAUGAUGUUGGACGGGCUGCAUUCACCGCCUUUUUAAAGUCCGAGUUCAGCCAGGAGAACAUUGAGUUCUGGGUGGCAUGUGAGGACUUCAAGAGAACACCUGCACCACAGUUGAAAGCCAAAGCCAAGCAGAUUUUCAAACAGUAUGUCGACAUCGAUUCCCUGAAUGAGGUCAAUUUGGACUCUGCAACAAGAGAAGAAACUCGGAGGAACCUGGAAAAGUGUGACGUGACAUGUUUCGAUGAGGCGCAGAGUAAGAUUUUCACGCUGAUGGAAAAGGACUCAUACAGGCGCUUUCUGAAGUCCAAACUGUUCCUUGACCUGUCUCAGCCACGCAGGGACGAGAAACACUGCCGUCUGGAGAGGAAAGGGACCUUUACUGAGUUUAGCCAGUGUCUCCUGUCUCACUGUGCCUAAAUCUAAGACAGAAAUCUUUCUUAGGCUUAGAGUUUAGGGAUCAGUUCACUUCUAUGAGGAGAGCAAGAGAGUUAAAGGUGAAGGGUUAAGUCACUGAGGUAGAUAUCGAGGUAGAUAAUCGAUCGAACACCAGAAACAGGAAAUAAGGAUGUGUUUUAAUGGUUUUUUUUCAGGUAUAUGUGGCUUUAAUGUGUUUAGAAUAAUCUGACAAAACUCUUCAGAAUCUCCAGUGUAGCAUUGGUUUUUAUUACUGUAUUUUGGUAAUUUUGUAUUCAAACAAAAAUAAAUAAUAGAAAAAAAAGAAGCCACGUUUGAAACCCUAUCAGAUGAUGUUGUAAGAAUAAAGUUUACAGUGACUAAGUGAAUAACUGUUACAGACGAUAAGGAAGGCCUGGGCUGCAUAACUAUUUAAUCUGUGUAUGUUAUAUGUACUUUUACUGUCCAAUUAGAAUAAAUGUAGUCUUAUUAGUAAUGAAUGAAGCUCUGGAAUAUUAACGACAAACAAAUGUGACAAGUUAUAUUAACAAAAUGUGAUGUCCAUUUGUUACAGUGCUGUGAAUUUAACAAGUCUGUCCUCUUGUACUGUCACUUUAAGUCUUAUUAGAAUAAAUGGAUUUAAGCUGUUUA